AUGGACAUGGCAGACCCCGUGGACGGUGUUUACGAGUCCGGUCGCAAGAUCGAAUCAAUGCACCACUGGAACAGUUGGUACAGCAAGGACGUGGUCAAGAUGACCACUGUUUCUGCCGCCGCAGGCCGCAAGUCUGUUCUCCGUCGCUGGGUCUUUGAUCAAGAGGAGACUGUGAACACCGCUACUGGCGAGACUCUCCGUCAUUUCUGGGUCAUGACGAACGGCUACUCCCUGGUGAAGUACACAUACGGCGAGCAUGUGCCGGAUGAUGCUAUCAACUUCGAUGCUACCGAAAAGACCUGGCCCGAAGACCCCCGCGGCUAUGAAGACCGCCUGGGUCCCCUGCGUCCCGCAGAGGAAGACGGUGUUGCUAAGGAUCGGUGGUUGCUCCGCGAUGCAUUUGUGGUUGGUGAGAACGUGCACCAAUUCUAUGUUCGCGAAGAAGAUGAGGGCCACAGCGUAAUUGAAAUUGUCUGGCUCGGUCCCAAGGGCGGCGGUGGCGGUGGUGUGAGUGACCAUUAUCUUCGCGGCACUUACCAGCAAUAA